UUGCAGUUUCCAAACGUUGGUCCGGGUGCAACAUGGCCAAUUCAGUACGGCUUUCGACCAGACAACCAAAUCACUCUGUUCGAUUCGGAGAAAGUACCGCACAAUGCGAAAGAAUGGAAUGCCACGAAAUUCUUCAGCAAAACACAUUGGGGUUUUUAUACAUGGCCGAAAGAACUAAAAGUCUAUGCACCAUCCUCCCAACAACACCAAAUCAAUCGUCAGCUAUCAGAACUAAAUGAAACUGAACGAUCGUUAAUCGAAAUAAUGCGUGACGAUGAAUUCGCAGUGAAAUUCCGUCACUAUAUGAGCGUAGAGGAGAAGAAGGGUGAAGACGUCUUCAAUGCGGUCUCAUUCACGUUGUUCUACAAUUUUCAAUGACGUUUAUACCUACUGCAAGGAGCGUUGAAUCAGUGCGAGUGGCGUGUCACCGAGUUGUGGAGUCGUUUGAUGAAGUUGUGUGAGCCGGCCAUGAUGGAGUCGUAUCAGAAUAUGCGUGAGCGAAUCGGUUCGUGUAUCGCGACGAUUGUGUGGUUCGAUUUGGCAGAUCUCUACGUCGAUCCACAAGUGCCGAAGAAAUUCCAUCCACCACGUUUAGCCAAUAUUAUGGCUGAUAUUAAUUCGAUGAUGGAGAUUCUGUGGUCAGAAGUUGCCGAAGCGAAAAGAACCGAGGAGGAAUGCAUGGAAACGGAUGGCACUCAUGAACACACCAGCAAUAACAACACCAAUAAUCAUAAUUCGUCAUCGGAUGAAGAAGGCGAUCGUAAGAAGGUGAGAGGUGUAAAUGAUGAAGAGUUGAAGAAGAGUUGUCGUUAUCAGCUGAGACAAGGCAUGUCACAGACAAUGAUUACGAGCGCAAAUGUAUCGAUGGUGAUUAGUGGUGCUCGAGAGUUGGCAUCGUCGUCAUCGUGUUGGUGGAAGGCGAAGGUUUCACUGCUGAAAUACCUUCAAGUAGCGAUCUUCUCGAAUUUGUUCGUGUUCCUUGAGCAUCGUCCCGCGUUGAAGCAGAUCUUCUUCGCGUUACUUCUCGACGAACGACUUGAGGUUCGUGAGACGGCCGCCGAAUCGAUUUCGGGUCUGCUGCAUUGUCACUUCUUCGACGUUGACGAUUCGCUCAUUAAGAAAUUCUGCUCAUGGUCUCGAGCCGAGAACGGCCCCAAACGUCACGCAGGUGUGCUGGCACUGUCGGCCGUUGUUCAGGCAUACCCUUACACUGUACCUCCGAUAUUGCCGAAUGCUUUAAUGCAACUGUGUCGUCAUGCCACCGAUAAACAACCCAUGCAGGGAACCGUGAAAAAAGCGUUGAGUGAAUUCAAACGAACACAUCAAGACUGUUGGCAUGAACAUAAGACGCAGUUUAGUGAAGAUCAACUGGCAAUAUUGACCGACCUUCUUGUUUCUCCAAAUUAUUACGUUUGA